AUGUGUAUUCCGUCGUUGUCAAAGAAAAAUGCCCUCGGAACACUGCAUCUGGCAAGGACUUAUCUGAAACUCAGGUUGGAGGCGCUAGCUAUGGUCCAAGUGACUUUCAAUCUUCCCCUGCCGCACCAUCCUUCAGCCCUUUUGACUGCAUCAGACUCAAGCUUCUAUUCCGAUAAAUCGCAGGGAUUUGUGAUUCUCCUGACCGGAUUCUAUGAAACGAAAUAUAUGCGUUUAGCGGAAUCCCAUUUCCUGUGUUCCCGUGCGUGCCAUACAAAAGCUGAAAGAGUCCGGCCUGAUCGCGUCAUGUUUUUCACUAUCGCAUGGCCGUCGGUCAUCGCAUUGGUGGCGUUGGUCAUCGUCAUCGCUGUGGCGAUACUCAGACAUGCGGACAAGUGCUGCCGAGCUCGUCAUGGUGCGAGGAAUCAAAACUACGAACUCAACUUGGUCACAUUUACGAAAAACGUGUCGAAAAGUGACGAGUGCUUUGUGACGCGCGGCAGGGACGCUAAUAAGUAGUAGAGUGACACUCCUUCUCCAGAGCGUCUCCGGAAACUGAAGCAGAAAUAUUAGUGGCAGAAAUUAAUCCAGCUGUUUUAUGCAUGCGUUAGAUUGGAUCUAACCGCCAGGGGACGGUCAGCGACUUCUUUCACCUUUUCUCACUUCCAGAUCUGUAACGAGACGUACGUUCGUUCGUUGAACGCUUGAAGGAAGAAAAGCCGUAUUCGUUCGCACUUGGCAGUUGACCUUAUUUUGCGGGUUCUGCGACCUUGCGAGUGGGGCCGGAAUCCCGAGCCGUCAGGAUGCUCGUGGUAGCGUGGCCAAUACUGACUGCUGUCGUGGCGUUCGUAAUCGUCGUCAUCGUCGUAAUUCUGCUGUUCACGAAUAUCUGCUGUGUCCGACGACCGCGUCGUGAUGAGAAGUUGCGUGAGUACGAGGUGGUGUCGGUGCAGCCGACUGGCGACCCCGGCCCGUUUGAGCACGAAUACGCUUUGUGAGUGACCUCGCAAAGGAAGGGGGGGGGGGGAGAGAAGGGCCACCUGCGGAAAUGAGAUGGCGGAGGAGCAUCGGAUGAAUGUCCGAGGCGAGACAUGAAAUUUCGUGCGUCGGGGACGUGCCGUCUGUUGUUGCGAUGCCCGGCUUUUCGUUGGUCCGGCGCUGGAUCUCAUCUUGGGUCUUUUUUUUUCUCGUUUAUUUUUUCUCUAUCUUCGGAAAUUUUUUUCUUUUGCUCUUCAUUCUAGGGGCAUCUGCUACUGAUGCUUUUUCUCGAGGCGCCCAGAUUUGUCGUUCUACGACAGUAAAAGCCUUGCCUCUCUCACCUCCCCCCUUUUUCUACCCCCUUUUCCGGCUUUCGACGCUCUUUUGCCCGUUGAGAAUGCAGUAGAAGAAUAAAGGAGAGAUGCGGAAUGCUUGCUGCGAAGGCUGCUUCCGCUAAACGUUCUCCCGACUUCCGUAUUUACGCGAUUAUGGGCCGCAUCCCAAGUUCAUGCUGCGAUUCCAGGGGGAUAACUGUUGAAGAUCUAAAGAAACAAGUUUUGCAAUUUUUGAAGGAAAAUUGUUUCUAAACCGGAUGAAAAUUUAUCAAUAUCCCCGGUAGAAAAUACAUUAUCAUGGAGUACAGAAUGACAGGACUGCUUCGAGGUUGAGGGGUCAGUUUGUAAACUGAGAGGAAGAAAAAAGAUUAUUUUAAAAUUUUGAAUUGAGAUAUUCGAAUUCUAUUUUACUUUUCGAUGUUGAAAUGUUGCAUUGUAUGAACUCGAGUUUAUGCCACUUUUUAAAACUCGGUAUGUUUCUAAUUACAGUAUAUGAAUUGAGUGCAGCUGCUGAUUUUUCGAGCGCCGCUUUUGGGGAAAAUUCGUGGCCUAUAAUCGCGAACUUACGUUGACUAGCUAAAAAUGUUGGCGGUGAAAAUCAUCACUGUGCUGAAAUUGGCAUCAGGCUAUUGGCAUUCUCUUUAGUAUCUAUCAUGGCAAGAGUGGAUCUUCUGCUUUGUUUUCUAUUUUGAGAGUGAUUCUCGUAUUGUAAUGAACUUUUGCGUUCUGAGUUUAAUUAGUGUAUCUGGCUAAUUUAAUGUUCUUGAUGUUCCUGCGUUUGAAGAAGAGGCAGAUAGUUCGCUUAGCGGGUAUUGAUUAGCUCCUUUGCUUCGGUUCUUCCGUGUUUCUCGGCCGUUGUCCCGUUUUCGGGUUCUCAGGAUUCAGGCCUCUUGGGUUUAUUUUCCAGUUAAUUGUGACCGUUCCCGUUAUAUUUUAUUCAUGGGUUUGUUUAUGUUGUACGCAGAAAUUAUUUGUAUCAUUUUUAUCGGUAUCUCACGAAUUCGAGAGAGAAAAAAAGAGAACCCGGGCGUUGACUGUUACUCGGGCAUUGUUGAUCGGUUGCUGAUUCCAGGUGUGCGUGGUCCCUGGAAAAUAUCCUUAGUGGUUGCGAGCUGCUUGAAUCAAAUUUUCAGCGUUUCAUGUUUUCAUUUUUUUUAUAACCGAGUUCUUUUUUUCGGAGAGUAUUUUCGAAUGAGAGAGGAAAAAGAUCGAAGAAACGUUGCGGAGAAGGGGACCACGAGGCUGGUUGGGGGAUCUGUGUCUCAAAUUUGUAUCUGGUAAACAUGAACGGGAAAAUCUCCAAACGUGUGCACGUGUGCGCAUCUUCCAGCUGCUCGUGAAGUCGUGUUUUCCUGGCAGAAAAAAAGAAUAAGUGAAAUGACGUUUCCGAUUGCCCAGUGUGUGAGGGUGCUGUUUCCUUCUUGAGUGAUAAACCCUGCCCUAAUGCAUUCCCCCGUUUUCUUGUGUUAAUUAACGAUGCAUCUCCGGCGAUGGUGUGCAACGAUUUACGAAUCCGUCCAUUAUGUUUUCGUGAAAAACGUUGAAAGAAACUAUCCCAAAUGGUUGACCCUUCAGCAAUCCGAAUGGAUUUUUAUCACGACUUGGCGCAUUCAGUUAUCUCCAAAAAUAUCGAAAGAACUGGUGCCAAAUUUUUGGAGCGGCUAUUUUUCUGACCCCGGGAUGUGAAAUAUUUGUUGAAUUUUCGGUUGACGUUAGGCACUGUGUUGGAUCUGCAUAUCGAAUUUUUGAGGUACGGUAGUUGCUUUUUUAGGACGCGUGCUCAUGAAUCCGCGUGAACAUGAAGUUAUUCAGAAACGAGAAGUGUCGUUGUGUGCACAACAUCGUGUUUUAACCGCAAUGUUUGAAUUUUAAAGUAAUAUAUAUCGGAUGGAAAACGCU